CCCAUGGUUGGAAGCCAGACCGGGAUCCUCGUCCUUGGGUUGAGAACGCAGUGGCGAUUGCUGGCCUUGUGGGGUUUGGAGUGCGGGAUAAAACGAACCCCGGGUAUUGGGAAGUACGCUCUCUGCAGAGUGAAGAGGCUCGGUGAGAGAAGAUAUGCCCGGAGAAGCCACAGAAACCGUCCCUGCUACAGAGCAGGAGUUGCCACAGCCCCAGGCUGAAACAGCUUUGCUUCCUAGGUCUUCAACCUUGAGUGUCACUACUGCCUUAGAGCAGCCUAGACCUACCCUUAAUCCUCCUUGCUCCUUGGCCCCUCAACAAUGCCCUUUGGCAAAUGCUCCCCAGCCUCCCCCAUUCCCUUCUCCGUCUAGUAUUUCCUCAACCCUUUUUGAAGUUCCUUUUCCCCAGUCAUCCUCUGGGACAGCCCAGCCUUUGGGAACUGCCCUUGACACCCCUACUUUCCUACCAAACCUAAUAGGGCCUCCCAUCUCCCCAGCUGCCUUAGCCCUGGCUGCUCCCAUGAUAACUCCAACUCUAAAAGGUGCCCAUUCCUCUUCAGCUCCCUUAGCUCUGGUUGCCUUGGCUCCUCACUCAGUUCAGAAAAGUUCUGUUUUUCCACCUAACCCUCUUACCUCACCUCCUUCAGUUGCUGUAGCUGAGUCAGCGUCACUGACAUCUCUGUCAGCCCCCAUUGCUCCCUCAGAACCAAAAACCUCUCCUAUUCAAGCUCCCUCUCAGGUUGUCCCUAAUCCGGAAAGUGCCCCCAGUCCUCCAGGUAUAGUCAGUGCUAUUCCUUCCCGCCUUGUAACUACUUUGGCCUCUGUUCAAUCUGGAAUAGCCUCCUGUCCUCAGAUACCACCCACCACUCCCCUAGCCAUCACUUCCCCUCAAGUCAAAAGUAUACCCACUUCCUCAGCUCUGGCUUCUCCACAAAACCUAGUAAGCUUCAGCCUAAAGGGUCCUGUUAGUCCACCUGCUGCCUUAUCCUCUUCAACCCAGUCUGUUCCUACAGUGACCUCUUCUCAGAAAACUAUGGCUCCCAGCAUCCCUCCAGUUUUCUCCACUCCUUUGGGCUCUCAUCUUUCACCUUUACAUCAGAGUUCUUUCAGUUCUUCUGUCCAGCAUGUAGAUCAAACAGGUCCUACUGCUCUGUCAGAUCCUACAAUGAAUACCAUUUCUGUAGAUCAUUCCUCCGUAAGGGCCUCUUAUCAUUCUCAGGGAUCUGUAAUUCCUCCCCUUUCUUCCAGAAAUGAGGUGGUUCCUGCUGCUGUUGCUGCUUUUUCAGUGGGGGCUCCGGCUUCUCCCCUGGCUCCAUCUGUUGACAAAAGCCCUUCUAGCAUCGCUAGCAUAACCUCCUACAGCCCUUCUGGCUCCCUAAAUGUAGCUACCUCUUCUUCAUUAUCUCCUGCUGCCCCUCUCAUUCUCAAAGGCUCUCCUGUUGCCACUCAUCAUCAGUCUUUAAUGACCCAGAUUCCUGUUUCUCCAGGAAGUCCAGGCUUGAAAGAAGCUCCUGUUUCUUCUGUUGGAGCCACCCAACUUGUGAUGACUAAUCCCUCUACAAUUUCUGCAGUAUCUACUAUCUUUGAUGUAGCUACUUGUCUCUCUCCAGUCUCAUCAGUUCCCACAGGUAGUCAAGAACCAACAUCCUCUACUGCCUUGGUUAUGGCACCUGUGGCUUCCGAAGAGCUUCCUACUCAAGUAGCAACUACUCUGGAGAUACCAGUCUCUCUUCCUCUGCCAGCCCCUGAAGACCUCAAAAAUCUCCCUACUUCAUUAUCAGUAAAGUUCCCAACACAAAAAGAUCUCCAAACUGUACCUGCCUCUCUUGUUUUUUCAGCCGGGGCAGGACUCCCUACCAAGAAAGACCCUACUCUACCACCAUUGGCCCUGGCAACCCCUAAAAAUUCCCCCUCUACCCAAAGUACUUCAUCUUCUCUGGAGAUCUCUCUCUCUCCUGAAGCCACCCCAACGAGGAAGAGCCCUGUUGAACCCCACCCAGUAGGUGAGCCAGCCAGUGCUACUCCUCUGGGUGAUAACUCCCUGACCUCUGUAAUCAAGACAGAUCCUCAUGCAAGCCCAGACCCUGCUGGUCUGCUUCUCAAAAGUUCUCUCACUACCCCAGCAGUGACUACAUUUCCUUUGGAAAGUGCUGACCCUGCUAGGGUGGCUCCUACAACUGCUAAAGUUACCUCCAAUCCUGUAGUUACAGCCAGCCCUUUUCUAGAAGGAGCUGUCUUUUUAGCUCCUAAACACCACCCAGCUAAGAAGGGUACUUCCUCUCUUACUACUUUACCUUUGGUUCUUCCAGCAUCUGGAAGUUGCCCUGUAACUUCAUCUGUGACUUUAUCCCCCCAGAAUGUUUCUGCUUCUCUAGCUGCUUUGGUACCGGCCCCUGAAAUUCCAAAGCCUGUGCUCUUUCCCUCUCUUCCCCUAACUGGGACUUCUACGAGUGCAAAGAAAUUUGAUGGUAUUUCUCAUACCUUAGCAUUGGGACCUGUGGCUUCCCUUCCUGAAGGGUGCCUUGCUAAGGACUCUGGUGGUUCUGUUAUUGAAUCUUCCAAAGGAACUCUGACUUACCUAGCUGACUCCCCAUCUCCUUUAGGGACUAGUGUGUCUCCUCAAACUAAAAGACUUCCAACCAAAAAGGAAUCUGCUAUCCCUGAUGCUCCUGUUGGAAAUCUCUCAUCCCCUGUUUCUCCCAUUGAAACUUCCUUUCUUCCAGAGGCCAGUCUUUCUUUUCAAGGACCUAAAGUCUCACUCACCAAGAAGCAUUCUUCUACUCCUCCAACUAUGACUCUUCCCUCCCCCAAAAAGGCCCCAGGAACUCCAGCCUCCAAAGGAGGCCCAGCUAUCCCAUCUCCCAAAGGGGUCCCCACUCGCCCACCUGUGACUCCUCCCUCCCCCAAAAAGAAUCCAGCCUCCAAAGGAGGUCCAGCUAACCCAGUUCCCAAAGGGCCCCCCACUUCCCCAGCCGUGACUUCUCCCUCAUCCAAAGAGUCCCUAGCUACCCCAUCUCCAAAUGAAGCUGCCACUCCCCCAGCUGUGACUCCUCCCUCCCUCAAAGAGACCCCAGCAACUUCAGUCCCCAAAGGAGCUCCAGCCAAACCCAAAGGGGCCCUCACUCCUCCAGCUAUGACUCCUCCCUCUCCCAAAAAGGCCCCAGCAAUUCCAUCCCCCACAGGAAGCCCAGCUAGCCCAUCUCCCAAAGGUACUCGCAGUACCCCAGCUGUUACUCCUCCCCCAAAAGCCCCAACUACCCCAGCUGAGACUCCUUCCCCCAAAGAGGCCCCAGCAACUCCAGCACCCAAAGGAGCUCCAGCUACCCCCUCCUCCAAAGGGGCUCCCACUCCCCCAGCUGUGACUUCUUCCUCUCCCAAAGAGGCUCCAGCAACUCCAGCUACCCCAUCCUCCAAAGGGGCUCCCACUCCCCCAGCUGUGACUUCUCCCUCUCCAAAAGAGGCUCCAGCAACUCCAGCACCCAAAGGAGCUCCAGCUACCCCCUCCUCCAAAGGGGCUCCCACUCCCCCAGCUGUGACUUCUCCCUCUCCCAAAGAGGCUCCAGCAACUCCAGCUACCCCAUCCUCCAAAGGGGCUCCCACUCCUCCAGCUGUGACUUCUCCCUCUCCCAAAGAGGCUCCAGCAACUCCAGCACCCAAAGGAGCUCCAGCUAUCCCAUCCUCCAAAGGGGCUCCCACUCCCCCAGCUGUGACUUCUCCCUCUCCAAAAGAGGCUUCAGCAACUCCAGCUACCCCAUCCUCCAAAGGGGCUCCCACUCCCCUAGCUGUGACUUCUCCCUCUCCCAAAGAGGCUCCAGCACCCAAAGGAGCUCCAGCUACCCCAUCCUCCAGAGGGGCUCCUACUCCCCCAGCUGUGACUCCUCCCUCCCCCAAAAAGGUCCCAGCUACUUCAGCCCCCAAAGGGGUCCCUCCUCCCCCAACUGUGACUUCUCUCUCUCUCAAAGAUGCCCCAGCAACUUCAGCCCCCAGAAGAGCUCCAGCUACCCCAUCCCCCAACGGUGCUCCAGCUACCCCAUCCCCCAAAGGAGCCCCCACUCAUCCAGCUGUGACUCCUCCCUCCCCCAGAGAGGCUCCCAUGCCCACUGCUGUGUCUUCUUCUCCCAAAGGAUCCCCUACUUCCCCAGUUUCAGUCACAUGUCACAUGGGGGCCAUUGCCCCUCGGGCAUCUAAAGGACUCUCAGCAAAGAAAGGCCUAACUGCUCCUAAAGGACUUAUUGCUGCAGCUUCAGAAAGUGCACCAGUCAUUACAGCUCCCACUCAGAAAGGUCUACCAGCCAAGAAGAGUUCUGCUAAUUCACCUAUUUGCCCAGAUCCCUCAGCUAAGAAUGGUACUAAAGGACCCCUUUCAAAGACUGCAAAAGCCCUCCCUAUUUCUCCUGCAAAGGACAAAGAUUCUUUUCAUUCCCCGAAGGGCCCCUUGACUCCUUUUGAGUCUAAGACAUCUACCCCUCUAGUAGCAGCUACCUCUGAAAAGGUCCUUUCUAAAGCUGGAUCAGCAGCAUCUGUGUCUCCAGCACCCACUCCACCAGUCUCUCUGCCUCUUGCUCCCUCCCCAGUUCCCCCUCUGCUUCCUAAACAGCAGUUUCUGCCAUCCUCACCUGGCCUGUUGCUGGAAUCACCCUCUAAGCCCCCAGCCCCUGCUGAGGAGGAUGAGCUGCCGCCUCUGAUUCCCCCGGAACCAGUUUCUGGGGGAGUACCUUUCCAGUUGAUCCUCGACAACAUGCCCACCCCCAAACCUGCUGGGAUCACUGCCCCACCCCCCUCUGCCAAGCAGCCUGUUUUGAAGAACAACAAGGGGUCUGGAACAGAAUCUGACAGUGAUGAAUCAGUACCAGAGCUUGAGGAACAAGAUUCCACACAGGCAACCACACAACAAGCCCAGCUGGCAGCAGCAGCUGAAAUAGAUGAAGAACCAGUCAGUAAAGCAAAACAGAGUCGGAGUGAAAAGAAGGCACGGAAGGCUAUGUCCAAACUGGGUCUUCGACAGGUUACAGGGGUUACUAGAGUCACUAUCCGGAAAUCUAAGAAUAUCCUCUUUGUCAUCACAAAACCAGAUGUCUAUAAGAGCCCAGCUUCAGAUACCUACAUAGUUUUUGGGGAAGCGAAGAUUGAGGAUUUAUCUCAGCAAGCACAGCUAGCAGCUGCUGAGAAAUUCAAAGUUCAAGGUGAAGCUGUUUCAAACAUUCAGGAAAACACACAGACUCCGACCGUACAAGAGGAGAGUGAAGAAGAAGAGGUUGAUGAAACAGGUGUGGAAGUUAAGGACAUAGAAUUGGUCAUGUCACAAGCAAAUGUGUCAAGAGCAAAGGCAGUCCGAGCCCUGAAGAACAACAGUAAUGAUAUUGUAAAUGCUAUUAUGGAAUUAACAAUGUAACCAUUGGAAAAUGAGGACUUUUUUUGGUGUUUCAAAAAGUUAACUACAGCUUGGUUUGAAAUUUGUACUGUUUCUAUCAUUAAUAAAGUUUGGCUUCUUGUUGGAUGAA